CAUGCUUCCUCGAAAGUGGACGGACCACGACAAACGUUUCAAAGCACCACCGUCUUCUACGUUCGUGAUACCAAAUCGCGGAGAACGGGUAGGUUCUAGAUCAGGAAUGUGGAGAGGUAAUAAGAGAUUCUUCGAUGUUGGUCCCAAAACUUACAAACGAGGCAGCUUCAUUACUACACGUCCAGUAAUCAAAAACCUGAACGGCCGCCCUUGACUCGCAGGCAUGACGUCGACUCACACCAACGAGCAAUGGCAAUCAGUCAAUGCAAAAAUACCGUCCAACAGAAUCUUCGAUUUUCGCAAGGAUGGUUCCAUGUCCCUCGACUCAUUCCGUAUUAACAGCAGACCACCUGACUUGGGGUUCAAAGCCAUAGUCUCCAAGAAAAAGAUGGGGGAAGCUUCGAAACGGUUUUCAGACCCCAAGCGGCGUCAAAAGCUGGAAUACGAUCUAGCAAAAGAUCAUCUCGCACCGAUUAUGAUCCUCCUUGACAUCGCUCACGGCUCUGGUAUCUUCGUCCCGAAGAUGGUUACCGCAAUAGAGCUUGAAUUUCUAGUGAUUCAUGCUCACAUGUACGAACUCGAACAUCUUCUGCGCCCUUAUCUCAAACUCUGGAUGCCUUCAAAGGAAGAGAGACUCGGCGCGGGUAACUGCUGCGAUUGUGUUGCCUGGGUCGCUUUAGAGAUUGGUAACGAUGAGGUUUACAAUGAAAUGAUCAGCCACUUGGCCUUCUGCAGCGGCGUUGAUGAAGGAGGCAACAUUAUAAGCUUAGGAUCAAGUACCGAUCUAUUAAAAGGCAGAUACAAAUUUAUUGAUAAAACAGAAAUCCCCGACGCAGUAACGGAGCUCCGUACCGAAUACCUGCGCUUCCAUCUCAAGCAGCUGAAGAAAGCCAUUGCGCCCGAAGACAACAAUAGAGUCUGCGUCGCUGACAAGGCAACACCAUUCGGCAAUCUCAAGGACGGCAGCGUGGUCGAGUUCGUCGUCUGCUCUCGGGCACUGGCCCGCGCAUCUUCCGUCUUUCGGGCGAUGCUCUUGGGUGGAUUCUCCGAGUCCAAGCCUGAGAGAGAUGACUGGGUCGUCGAGCUUCCCGAGGUCCGCACUGCGCCUUUCUCCAUUCUCCUGAAGAUUAUCCACGGCCGUUUCUGUGAGGUGCCGCAGUCGCUGACGCUGGAGGAGCUAUAUCAGCUUCUUGUUGUCACAGAUAAGUAUGACAUGGUGUCGGUCAUAUUUCAGUUGGCGUCAACCUGGUUCGAACCUUAA